AUGUCAUCACCCGGACGGCUCUCACGGCCCAUCAGAAGCGCCUCCUCGUCUCUGGAUUACCAGAUGAUGAUGAUGAUGAUGAUGAUGAGGACGGGGCUCAGCGACGACGUCUUCUCGACAUUUUUUCGCUUUACUUUUUCGGCUUUUUCGUCCCCCGACCUAUUCAAAAGUGCGCUCCAGGGCUAAAUUCAGUCACUUUUUUGAAUUUCAAAAGGCGAUUCGAAGAAUCCUUAUGCUUUUUAAAACUAAACUAGUGCGCUCCACGGCUAAUUUUCAUUUCUAAAUGAAGCAUUUCAUCUUUGGCUAUUUUUCAAAGGCUUAACAGCUGAAUUUUGAGCUCCGUGGCUAAUUUUCAUUUCUAAAAGAAUCUUUUCAUCUUUGGCUAUUUUUCAAAAAAGCUCCAAUUUUCUAAAUUUUGAGCCCCACGGCUAAUGUUCAUUUCUGAAUGAAUAUUUUCAUUUCUGGCUAUUUUUCAAAGGCUUAACAGCUUAACUUUGAGCUUAACAGUUGAUUUCCGUCCAAAAUACUGAUUUUUAAGCUUGAAAAAAGUCUAAAAUUCAUUUCGAUCAGUUCUGGCGGUCCAAGGGAAAUGGCAAAAAAUGGCUUUUUCCAAAAAUUCAAUCUUCACGAAUUGAAUAUAGUUUCCAAUAGACUAACAAAGAAAAAGCGUAAAUUUUGAAAAUCUACUCGAACCCAGUAGAAAUCUCAUAAAUCUUCAACAAAUCUCCGGUUUCAGCCCCAAUUUCCGGUCCGGAAAAGCUUCUCUUUCUCGUACUUAUUAUGCUAAUUAUGCCCCUUCCAAGCUAUCGACGAGCUUCUCUGAUGUUCCAAUACUUCCAGUUCCUUAUUAUUAUUUUUGUAUGAUCCAACUUUUCAGAUGAAAUGUGGGAAAAUUCAAAAAUGACGGAUGAGAAAGGAUGAUCGAGGCGGCGGCCGCCGCUUGGGCCAUCUUCUGGGUGGCCCAAGCUAUGACGUCAUUCGAUGACGUCAUCACCCAAUGUCGCUGCGUCGUUUUCAACGUCUCCUCGGGCCUAUUUCAUUCGCCCGAAUAUCCAGGCGCCUUGGAGAACGUCGACUGUCUUUUUUAUCACUUUCAGGUGAUUUUAUCAAGUAUAACUGCAACCGACUCUAAGCGGCUUACGCGACCUUGUAUAGCUGAUCUCACAAAAUUUCUAGAGCUUCUACAGCUGAAAAUAACAUGCUUCGAUGCGGAAUUUCAUGCUUUUUUCUUCCAAAAUGAAAAAAGAAUUUCCAGGCGCCCCGGAAUCAUUUCAUCCGCCUCACGUUUGACGUCUUCCACCUGCCGCCAAGAAUUGGAACGUCAGUUUUUUCAAUUUUAUGAAAAAUCCUCACCAAAUCCACUGCUAAAAAGUCUCACCAAGUUCGGAAAAAGACCUGUUUGAACCCUGAAAAAUCUCCGCACCCGACCCGCCGCUACUUACGCCAUCGUGACCUUUAUUCUUCUUAGCAUAUUCCGAAAAACAUUAAAAUUUCCAAUGUUUCUUCCUUGUAGGUUUAAAAAAUCUAUCCAGCAUGCAAUUUUGUCAUCUUCCUCCCUGCACCCGACCUAUUACGACUUACGCUGAUUGACAUUUAGAAUUUACAGUUGUUCCUCCUCCUCCGUAAUGCUAUACUGCCACUAUAUGUAGAUGUAACAAGCCUAUCCACUGAAUCCCUUUAUCAUCUUCCUCUCUGCACCCGACCUAUUACGACUUACGCUGAUUGACAUUUUCAACUUUCAGAUGCUCCUCCUCCGUAAUGCUCUACGAUCACUCCAACGAUGGGCUAGUCGACAUAGAUCAAAAGGCGGAUUUCGAGUUUUGCGGCAAGGAAAUCGUGGUUGGACGGCAGUUUGUGUCAAAGUUGGUUCGGCUCAAGGAAAGUGGCCACUUGAGUGGCUAGAAUUUAGUGGCCUUUUUAGAGGACUAACACUACUACUCCACUGAAAACUACUAUAGUGGCCACUAAGACACAAAAUAGUGGUUUCAAUAGAGGUGGUUUUAGUGUCCGCUUCAAGUAGUCCUUGAGGGACCUCUUAAGUGGCCACUUGAGUUUUCCCAGCUUUCUCAUAUGGUAAAACACAAUGAAAAUGCGCCCGACCCAAAACGACUUGCGAUUUGACUAUAUUUUUUUUCCAGAGACGAGCACAUGAUCCUUCAAAUUCGCCACAAAAGGGAGUCCUCUCGCGGGUUUUCCGGCACAUUCCAAUCCAUUCCAAAAGGUUUUUUUGUUAUUUCUAUUCAGAAAUCAUGUUUUUCCAGCCAAUUUCACAACGGAGGCUGUCGAAAUAUCGGAAUGCAGCUAUAGAGUGGAGAAAAACAUGGUUUGAAUGACUUUUUGAUGAUAAAUUGACUAUUUAGGCCUUGAUAUACUCUCCAAAUUAUCCGUAUUUCUAUCCAUCUCGAGUCAAUUGCACCUACAUUGUACCUCAAAGGAAAGGAUUUCAGGUUGGUAAAAAAAAUCAAUAAUGAAAGCUCAACAAUCCAUGGGACAAGGACAAAAAUUCAAACUCAAAAAUAUUAAAAUUAGUUGAGUUGGGUCAAAAAGUUUCCCGACGGCCUAAGUUAACAAAUCUAACGAGAAAAAAAUUCAUAUUUUCAAUUUCUUCUCAUUUUCAGUUGGAAAAAAAUGACGGCCUAAUUUUUCCAAACCUAACGAGAAAUAUUCAUAUUUUUCAAUUUCUUCUCAUUUUUCAGUUGGAUGACGGCCUAAUUUUCCAAACCUAACGAGAAAUAUUCAUAUUUUCAAUUUCUUCUCAUUUUCAGUUGGAAAAAUAAUGACGGCCUAAUUUUCCAAACCUAACGAGAAAUAUUCAUAUUUUCAAUUUCUUCUCAUUUUCAGUUGGAAAAAUGACGGCCUAAUUUUCCAAACCUAACGAGAAAUAUUCAUAUUUUCAAUUUCUUCUCAUUUUACAUUUUUUUCACGUUGGAAAAAAAUGAAGGCCUAAUUUUCCAAAUAUAUGCGGCCUUCGUUAGAUUUGGAAAAAUUAGGCCGCCGGAAAAACUUUUUGCGCAGGCCUUGUUUUUCCAAAACCCAUGCGGACUAUUUCUGCAAUUAUCUAAUAGCAAAUUAAAAUUCUCAAGUUAUACAUUUGAUUUAAAUUCUCAGAACUCAACCUCAAAAUCGUGAUGACCUGAUUUUCCAAACCUUGGUGGCCUAGUUUUCCAAAUGGCUAACUUCAAACCGAGUUUUUGGAUUUUAUAUCAAAGGACUCAAUUUCGAAACCCUGAUUUCCAAUGAAACGUGCCGACCUAAUUUUCCAAACCUUGGGGGCCUAGUUUUCCAAAUAAAUAUUUUUGAAUCAAGAUUUCUUUGAACUGAAAUAAUCGAUUUCGAAACCCUAAUUUCAUAUGAAACGUCAAGACUUAAUUCUCCAAAACUUGGUGGCCUAGUUUUCCAAAUAAAUAUUUUUGAACUGAAAUAAUCGAUUUCGAAACCCCAACUUUCAAAUGAAACGUCACGACCUAAUUUUCCAAAACUUGGUAGCCUAGUUUUCCAUAUAAAUAUUUUUGAAUCGAAUUUCAUAAUUUUGAACUGAAAUAAUCGAUUUCGAAACUCUAAUUUUAAAUGAAACGUGACACCCUAACGUUAGAAUCUCACAUGCAAAAAAAUUUUCGUUUCCUCAAAAUUUAUAAUAAAUUAAAAAAAUUUUUUUUUGUUUCUCAGAUCAUUGCAAUGACCAAGUUCCUCGAGCUGGGCAAGGACGCGUCAUUGCAAAUUUUCGAAUCAACGGAGGGGGUUUUUUUAUUGACUUUUUUUACCGAUUAAUUGAAUAAUUAUUCUAGAAAUACGAGAAAAAAAGCGGUUGGAAAUGGUGCGCCACGGCCAAAGGAACGUCUACGUCACAUCGAUGGCUUCAUUAAUGUUCCAUUUUUUUCGGCAGGAGUCAAUGAUUUUGAAAGGGUUCGUUGGAAUUUCAAAUUUGUUUCAAGUAAAAAAAGAGCUUCAGAUUUUUUUAAAUAAUAGUACAUUCUAGUUUUUUUGACCUUCUGAACACUAUGAAGCUUAUAAAAGAUUAAAAAACUUUAAAAAAUUGUAAAAAUCACGUGCUUUUUUUUUUAAAGAUUCUGAAGGUGUCUGGAUCCAUGUUGAAGUCGUUUUGUUGAUUUCAAAAAUUCAAAAAAUUCAAAAAAGGCCUGAAAUUCAAUUUAUGAACCUCCGACUCAAUUAUCCACCUUGUCAAGAUCCAAAAAAGCCUAAAACUUUGAAAAAAUAAGAUCGGAGACCUAUUUUUCAAAAUUCCAUGUGGAUUCUAACCUAGUUUCCAGUAAUUUUCUACCUCUAGACUUGAAAAAAUAUCUUAAAAUCUAACCUAUUUUUCUCCUACUCAAUUAUCCACUUUUUCUAGCUCCAAAAAAGUCUUAGAAUCGGUCGAAAAACGGCCGUAAAAGCGCUAAACUUCAAAGAAUGGGACAUUUCUUAUUAGCAGAAGUAGCGGCCAUAGGUAUGAACUAUCUGUACGUAGCGACCGCAAAGCCCCGCCCCUUUUCGCGAGGGAAAAAAGGCCAUUUUUUUGGUAUUCCGUCUUUGAUUGUUUCGUACAGCCGAUAGAAACAAUGAAAAAUGAUGAAAAUUUCAGCAUAAAUGUAGAAAAGGUUUUAGGUACUUUCCAUGUGUUUCAACGGAGUGUCGUACGGAAUAGUGAGACGAGUUCGAAAAAUAAACUUAAUUUUGCGUUUUGAUAUUCAUCUAGGUCGCGGACAAAGUUGAUUUUUUGAAAACUAUUUAUAAACAGUAAACGCAAUUUUUUAAGCCAAAAAAAUAAAAAUUCUAUGUUCGCCGAAAAAACUGAGAGGCGCGCAAAAUCAAAAAUUGUUUUCUCAAUUGCAAUGCAGUAUUGGAAGAUUUUUAUGCUUUUUUCAUAUUGAGAAAAACAUUGCUCAAAUAAUACUUGUUGACGACUACAAGCAAAUGUACUGUUUCGAGUGGUAAAAAAGGUUGAGAAUUUUUUGGGAGUAAUUUUGAAACAUUUCCCGGUCGAAGACACGCGUUUUUUCUUACUCAUUUAUAAGAGUUUUUAAUUUUCAAACAGAUAAAGCAAUAAAAUCAAAAUUUCAAGAUCGCCGAAAAAAAUUUUUCAACAAAAAAGGUGAAUAAAAGUGGGCGAAAUUACAUUUUUAUGGGAUUCAAAGAGCACUGUAGGCUGUAUUUGUGCAGUCACUGAGACGAAAAUGAUGGUAAAGUGGGAUUACAGCUCGUAAAACCUUCUCUUUUGGCUCCUGAAACCGUGGCGACCUUGCAAAUGAGGGUGCGCGCAGAUUGCAUGAGAGUUCGCAAAACCAAAAUUUCAGUGCAAAAAUUUUUGCUUUUCAAUUACUUUUAAAUAUUGUUUUCUCCUCUUAUUCUUAAUAUUUUUCGUUUUUCUUUUCUGUUUUCGCAUACUACAUGUUAAAAUCAUUGUUUUUAUAACAAAAACGAGGAGCUAGCUUGAGUUCGAAAAAAAUAGGUCUGUGGUCCCUAUCUGUACGAAAAAAAGUGGUUGCACUUUAAAGAUAUAAUCUUUAUCAAGUCCAUGAGCGUUUUGAGUGAUUUCAUACCAAUUUUGAAUCAGUUUUCCGUUCAUAAACCUUAAAAAACAUCAAAAAAUCUAGAAUCUUUUUUCAAGUCUUCUAGAUGAAGCUGGAGCAAUUUUGGACUCAUUUUUCACCCUCUAAAACUUAAAAAUUUCAAAAACCUAACCUAUUUUUCUCUCACUUGAUAAUCCACCCUCUAUGGGCCCAAAAAAAAAAGGAAAAAAGCCUUCGAAUCCCGUGAAAAUAGACGUUUCUCUUAUGGAGUUUUUUGUACCCAAAAAAAAUAGCAUCUUUUCAAGACUUAUCGAUGAAACUUUGAGCCCUAAACUCGAAAAAAUACCCAAAAACCUAACCUACCGACCUCCCAUUCAAUUAUCCACCCUCUCUGGCUCCAAAAAAACGGAAAAAAGUCCUCGAAUCCCGGGAAAAUAGACGUUUCUCUUAUGGAUUUUUCUGUACCCAAAAAUAGCAUCUUUUUAAGACUAAUCGAUGAGAUUUUGAGCCCUAAACUCGAAAAAUAUCCAAAAACCUAACCUCCCACUCAAUUAUCCACCCUCUCUGAGCCCAAAAAACCGAAAAACGGCAGUAAAAGCCCUCGAAUCCCGUGAAAAUAGAUUUUCCUCUUAUGGAGUUUUUUGUACCCAAAAAAAUAGCAUCUUUUCAAGACUUAUCGAUGAAAUUUUGAGCCCUAAACUCGAAAAAUAUCCAAAAACCUAACCUCCCACUCAAUUAUCCACCCUCUAUGGGGCCAAAAAAAAACGGAAAAAGCCCUCGAAUCCCGGGAAAAUAGAAAGUUUGUCAUGGAUUUUUAUCUGUACCCAAAAAAAUAGCAUCUUUUCAAGACUUAUCGAUGAAGCUGGAGCCAUUUUCUACCUCUAAACUCGAAAAAUACCCAAAAACCUAACCUCCCACUCAAUUAUCCACCCUCUUUGGACCCAAAAAACCGAAAAACGGCCGUAAAAGCCUCGGGAAAAUGGACAUUUCUUUGCAGGCAGUCGGCUUCGUAAUUGAGUUGCAGUACGCGUCGGCCGUGUGGCUCCACACCGACGACUCUUCUUUUCCUUCUUCUUCUUCUUCUUCUGCGUUCGCCGGUGAGUCUCUCUCCUGAUUGAUCCGGACCCGCGCCGACUUGCGCCAAACUUGCGUCCCUAUGUUAUGCUGCUGCCCUAUGCGCUGCUUUUGACCGUCGCAGCAUCGGUUGUCGCAGGUUUUUUCUUUUCUUAGAUCCAUAAAAAAAUCCUAAGUUACUGUAUAUUUCGUUUCAAGAGAAUUUUCUUUUUUUCUUAGUAGAGUCCAUUAAAUAUAUAAAAAGUCCUGGGUUACUGUAUAUUUCGUUUCAAGAGAAUUCUCUUUUUUUUUUAGUAGAGUCUAUUAGCUUUACAAAAAGUCCUGGGUUACUGUAUAUUUCGUUUCAAGAGAACUUCCUUCUUUCUUAGUACAGUGCACUAGAUUUAUAAAAAAUCCUGGGUUACUGUACAUUUCGUUUCGAGAGGAUUUCCUUUUUUCUUGAUACAGUGCAUUAGAUUUAUAAAAAAAACCUGGGUUACUGUAUAUUUCGUUUCAGGAGAAUUUUCGAAAAAAUCUCAAGUUUUUUUUUGAACUUCUCAAUCAACUGUUUGUCAAGGGAAAGGUUCAGAAAUCCCCAAAAUUUUAAAAGUCUGAAGAUUUUUUUUUCAAAUAGCGUCGCACUUUAAAAACAUCCUCGAAAUUUUUUCCAGAUCGAGGUAAAAUCUUGGGUUACUGUAUCUUUCGCUUCAAGAUCCUAUACAUUACAAAUCAGAGUAGUGAAUUGAUAAUAUCAACUUUUUUUGAGCCUGACAAUCAGUAUUUUGAACGUCUGGAAGUGAUUGCUUAAGGGAUUUGGGAUGAAAAUUAACGGCUUUUUUCUGAUAAUAUAUCCGAUCUACCGCUAGCUUUACGGAAACAUUGUGAGCUUUUGUCUUGAAAAAUCAAGAUAUUUCCCUUGAGGAAUCUCAGAGUGAUGACUUAAGGGCUUUUUGAUCACACUGGUCCCUCAAUAGGUUGAGUUCCAUAUGGAAAAAUUGCUUGAGUGUUAGAUUUUUUUUUCAAAGCAUCCGCACUUUAAAAACGUCCUUAACCUUCUGCUAAUGGCUUCUGAAACGCAGUAAAAAUUUCUUGCGAUCUUAAUUUAAUAUAUUCUCGCUGAAACUGUAACUUAAUUUAAAAACGCCCGCCUAUUUCUUUUCUUCAAAACCAGUGAUUACAUUAGUUCUCCCAGUUAUCUCAAAAACAAAGUGUCCGCAUUUCAAAAACGUCCGCCAUUUUUAACAAAGUCAGAUUGUACAGCAAUUCCAUAAGAAUUUUGAUAUUAAAAAAAAAACUUUUUAAGCUCUCCCACCUGAAAAUGAUGACGUCAUUUCAGGGGCCGCGACGGAAUGUCUCCUUCAAGUGACGUCAGAAAACUUCAAGGAAGGAUCCUUGUCAUCGGAGAAAAUCGGGAAAUUCGCCUCGUCCAUGCCGACAAAGUGUCGAGUCGUAUUUCAAGGUUCGUUGAUGACGUCAUCUGGAAAAAUGGAGUGACGUCAUUUUUUUUAUAGUGACUUUUUUCGUUCCUUCCGUCUUUAAAGGUCCCCGAAAAAAAUUAAAUGACGUCAUCGAGUUUAAAUGCUUUUUCAAUGGCUACCUAGGCAGUGCAAGAAGUGAUUAAAAGUCUGUCAUAAUUUUAUGACGUCAUUUCAAAAAUAAAAAUGACGUCAUCCUCUUGUUAAUGAAUUUUUUUAUUCCUUCAGUCCUAACGACCUCCGAGAAAAUUCAAAGACGUCAUUGAGCUCAAAAUAAUUUUUAUAUGCCUAUCUAGACAGUCACAGCAGUGAUUCUAAAGUCUGUCUCAAUUUUAUGACGUCACUUUUCAAUAGAAUGACGUCAUAUCCUUGAUAAUUACGUUGUUCAUUCCUUAAGUCUUUGAUGAUCCCCGAGAAAAUUUUAAUGACGUCAUUGAGUUCAAAUAUUUCUUUGAAUGCUACCUAGACAGUGCAAGAAGUGAUUAAAAGUCUGUCUCAAUUUUAUGACGUCAUUUCGAGAAAAAAAUGACGUCAUUUCCUUGAUAAUUACGUUUUUUAUUCCUUCAGUCUUUGAUGACCACUGAGAAAAUUAAAAUGACGUCAUUGAGUUUAAUUUUCAUCAAAAUGCCUACCUAGAUAUCGCAUAAAGUGAAUCAAAAGCUUGCCCUAAUUUCAUGACGUCAUUUCCUUGACGAUGACGUCUUUUCAUUCCUUCAGUUUUUGAUGAUCCCUGAGAAAAUUUAAAUGGCGUCAUUGAGUUUAAAAUUUUUUGAAAUGCUACCUAGAUGAUCCUAGAAGCGAUUCAAAAGCCGUACCAAUUUUAUGACGUCAUUUCGAGAAAAAAAUGACGUCAUUUCCUUGAUAAUUACGUUGUUUAUUCAUCCAGUAUUUAAAGAUCCGCGGAAAAAUUUAAAUGACGUCAUUGAGUUUAAAUAUUUCUUUAAAUGCUACCUAGACAGUGCAAAAAAGUGGUUAUAAGUCUGUAACAAUUUUAUGACGUCAUUUCGAGAAAAAAAAUGACGUCAUUUCCUUGAUAAUUACGUUGUUUAUUCCUUCAGUCUUUGAUGAUCUCUGAGAAAAUUUAAUGAAGUCAUUGAGUUUUAAUUAUUUUUUAUAUGCCUACCUAGACCGUGCAAGAAGUGAUUCGAAAGUCUGUACCAAUUUUAUGACGUCAUUUACCAAUAAAAUGACGUCAUGUGAUAACGUUUUUUAUUCCUUCAGUCUUUAAAGAUCCCCAAGGAAAUUUUAAUGACGUCAUUGUUUUUAAAAAUUUUUUCCUAUGCCUACCUAGACAGUGCAAGAAGUGAUUAAAAGUCUGUCAAAAUUUUAUGACGUCAUUUUUCAGGUUAUCCCAAUGAGAAGAUCUCCCUGAAGUUCACCCACUUCAACUUAUACGUUCCGGACAAUAAGAAUAUCAGCAAGAGGUUUGGAAUUUUGCUUUUUUUAAAACGGUCGUACUUUCUAGAUUUCCAACGAUUUUUCGAGUCGAUUUCCUUUUUUUUUUCUCAAACGUCCGCGAUUUACAGAUGCACAGACGUGGACAACGUCAGCGCUGACGUUCGCGUUGGGGCGCGUUUGUCGCGAAUCGAGGAAUGGUGCGGCGAUCGGACCCCGCCCAACUUGAUGAGCAGCACCAACUUGAUUCAGAUCGAGUACGCCACCAAGGUUGGUUGGGGGAUUUUGGAAAAAAAAAGUCGGGAAAUGGACUCUAGUGUUCGCUGGAGCUAACUUGUCCAAAAAAUACAAAAAUUGGAUUCGAUUUUUUUUUUUGAACCAUCAUUUUUGAACCACCGGGGGAUGAACUUUAGUGUGCGCUGGAGCGAACAUGCCGUGUGAAAUUUAUUAUUGACUGGAUUAGAGAUUUUUUUCGAAUUUGUAUUUUUUUGAGGAAACGGGGAGGGAAGCUAAAAAAAUUUUUGAAUUGAAAAAUUUUUUUGUAAUGUAUGUUCAAAUUACGAAAAAUUCGAUAUUUUUUUAUUUUUUUAAGAGUUUGAAAAAAAUUGGGUCUGAAAAAUAAUCCUCAAAUUUUUUUGAGCGUGUAAACCACACUACUAGAAAAAAAUGUGAAGAAAAAUAAAAAAAUUAAAUAUGAUUUUUUUGUGUAUUUUAUCCAUUUUUUUGAAUCAGGUGCAAUAAAAAAAUAAUCAGCGUUUUUUUGAUUUUUUUGAAAUAUUUUUUUUCGUUCCAAAAUGAUUUUUACGGCUUCAAAAAAAUGGUCAAACUACUGAAUCUAUCAUUAUUUUUAAUACAACGACGGAGCGCGCUGAACUAAACAAAAAAAAUGAGCAUUUUUAGAAAAAAAAAACUUCAAAAAAUCCAAAAAUUAAAUGAAAAUGAGUCCCAAAUUGACAAUUUUCAGUCCUCCCGCCUGGUUCGCGAAAGUUCGAAAGACGAUAUUGGAUUUCGAUUGGAUUAUAAAUUCCACACCGACUGGAACAUGGAGCAAAUGCGCGCCAAGGCUGAUAGAACUAAAGGUUUUUUUUUGAAAAGUGAAAAUAUGUGUUUUUUUUAAAUAAAACUAAUGAAAAAACUGGUUUUUCUGCUGUUAAAAAGUGUUCUAUAUAAUUUUAAAAUCCCAACAAAAAUUUUUGAAACCUAGAAAUAUGAAAAAUAACCUUGAAAUGGUCAAAAACAUCGACAAUUUCCAUUGCUUUUUUUCAACGAGAAAAACAGUUAAAAUUGAAAAAUUCGGGUUUGAUCCCUUUAGUAGUCACUUACAGACAAAUAUAAUGAAAUAGAAACUCUUUAAGUGACCACUUUUAAAAUUUUUUAAAAUCGUAGCAAGGUUAAUGAGGCUUCUUGUGAUAAAAAAUUGACAGUAAAAAAACGAUUUUUUUCAAAAAAAUUUAAUUUCCAAUAUAGAAAAAAAUCUGAGUGGUCUCUUAUAAGCUUUUAGAAUCUAUAUAUAUUUUUUUGAUGAUUAGUUUAAAAAAAUUUGAAACUUUAAUAGAACCCAUUAAGGGCCCACUUCUAGGCAAAUCUAAUGGAAAAGCCCCUUAAGUGACCACUUCAAAGGUUCCCAAACUUAUAGCGGAGUUAAAUUAUCUUCUCGUGAUAAAAAUUGACUGAAAAAACGACUUUUCAAAAAAUUUUAUUUUCCAUAUUGAAAAAUAUUUAAAUAGCCUCUUGAAAGUUUUAGUAUCUAUUUCUUUCCUUAAGUGACCACUUCAAAGAUUAAAGCAAGAAAAAUUGAGGCUUACUGUAACUAAUCUUUUCAAGACCAUUUCUCGGAAAUGAGCGGAAAAACUGAAUUUUCUUCCAGAAUGCCGAUUUUUGUUCAACUCUACAGAGCAUACUAAUGGAAAAAUUGUGGUCCGUCAAUUAUCCUGGUUUAUAUCCGAGGUAAAUUUUAAAAAAAUCUUCAUAAAAUUAUAAAAAUUAAGGAACAUAUUCUGCGAAUAUAUUUUUCCACGGGCGCGCUGAUCAAAUUGUACACAUUCAUUUCGAAUAUUUCGAUGUCGAGGGUUUUUAAUCAGUUAGUUUUUCCUCAAAAAUUCAUUAAUUUUUUUAUCAAGAUGCGAUGAAACAACGCAAAGCGACUACAUAAUCUUCAGCAAUUAUCAAACACACGACCGUACGAAUCGAAGAUUUUGUGGGAAGGUUCUAAAAAUCAUGAAAAAUCAACUAAAUAACCAAAAAUUCAAGAUUGCGCCGCGUGGGCCAAUUCUCUCGGAAUCCAACUAUUUUCGCAUGAUUUUCUUCACGAACGACAUUUUCGACGCCACUGGGUUCUACGCUCAUUAUCAGUUUAUCACUCAAGGUUUUUCUCAGAUAUAAAUCAACAAAUAAAAGAAAACCUUCAGAAAAGCCACAAAUCAGCCGGGUGAAGUUGACGACGUCGGCGAGCUUCCGCCAUUUCGACGUCUUUUUUUCUUUCAAUUUUUCGCUACUCACUUCGUUUCUUCCUUAUUGUAACUGCAAUAAAGUAUUAUUUAAUUUAAAAAUAGAAGGAUUAAAGAAGUAACGAAAUUGAAAAAAAUAAAAAUAAAAAUAACGAGGAAAAAUAGAGCAAAAAAACGCUCUAAAGUGAACGCGCCAAAAAUUUUUUUAUUCAAAAAAAUAUUUUCAUUGACUUUUUUUCUUCGUUUUUAAAUGAUUUCUGUAUUUUGAUUGUGUUAGGAAUAAGAGACUAUCGAUUAAACUAUUUUGUCAUUUAAGGAUAGAAUGGUUUUAUAGACAAUUUUUCAGCACUCGUUGUUCCUUUCUCGGUGAGUUUCGACUUUUUCUCAAGGUUUAUUUUUUAAUUACUGUUUUUAUAACGUUAUAGUUUGCUCAAAAUUCAUUUAUGGACAUUUUGAAGCCACAUGAACAAGAUCUCGAGGUUAUGAGCCGUUUUUUUGUGAUUUUCAAAGUUUUCAAGACCCCUGCGUCUUUAAAAAAUUCAGCAAGGCUUUUUGAAAAAGAUCCUAUUUGAGCAAAGGAUUCACAAACCGUUUGAAAAUUAGUUUCGAUAUAUUUUUCUUUGCUGUUGGCAAAUUUCACACCAUGGCAUUAUUUUGUGCAAAUAGCUUGCCGAAAAUGGUCAUUAGCCGGUUAAUUGCCCAAGUUUUACGAGGUCACCAGAAGGUGCCAAAUAUUAGAACCUCAAGGGCUGGGAAUUUUUCUUUCUUGCUGUUUUUUUCUGCGCUGGAGGCAAAAAAAUUCAUUACUUUUUGAUAAAAUGUGUCAUUUUUCGUUGAUCGCGAGAUAAAUUUAGAUAAGAUCAAUGGAAAGAUAUCGGGAGAAAAAGAGAAAUCUCGCAGUUUUUUGAUAAUAUAAAUGUUUUUGUUUCGCCGAGACUUUUCAAAUGUUUCAAUUAUAUGAGAUUUUGGUUCACGUUUUAUUUUAAUGAACAUUUUUUUUUUUCAGAUGGAAACUUGGCUUAGGAAUUCCAGAGUAGUCCCUAUAGGCUUAGAGAAAAAAACAGGUUCUAUAAAUGAUAAAAAAUGAUCCCUAUAGGGGUGCAAUUUAGGUGGUCCCUAUAGGAGUCUGGGGUCUGAAUUUUAAGCCUAUAAAGCUCAAGUGGUCCCUAUAGGGGCUUCCAAUUUUAUUCAAAAAACGCCUUUUAUUCAAUUUUUCUCAUGGAAAUGUUUCUUCGCUUAGAGUUCAUAACAAUCAUCGAAUAGCAUAUCCCCAUAGGGACCACUUUUUCAAGCUUUAGCGGUCCCUAUGGGGUUGGUAAAGUGGUCACUCCUAGGGCUUUUAAGCUUGCCCCUUUAGGGGCCACUCUGGGGUUCCUAAGAGCGAUUGAAUUUUAUUUGUAUCUUAAGUUGAACACUUGUAGUUGUCGUUAAAAAAAUGGUUUUUUUUUGGUCUUUUUGUUAAUUUUCAAAUUUUGAACUUUAACACUUUAAUCGAGGGUUUCUACCGAGUCCAAUUUAGAAAUCUUAAAAAUAAAAAUUGAAAAACUAUAAUUCUUUUCGAAAAUCCUUGUUGUAUAUUUCAAGGGAUCGGGGGUUUUUACAGAAUUUUUGAAUUGUUUUUAAAGAUUUCCUGUGACUUGAUAAGGAUCUCUCCUUCGAUUUUCCUAAUAAGGCGCCAAAAAAUUUAUAUUCAAACGCGCCUCGAGAUCAGGGUCAGGCAAAAAGGCGCGAUUAGCGCACUGUAGAGGCAUGCCUGUGGGAAAUGGCUCCGAGGCCCAAGUAGGCCACCGAGAGACCGUGUCAAUUGCAGAGGGUCGGCGAGACGACUAGAAAAUCGGCCGGUUGGGCGCCCCCGCCACACCAUUAUCAUUCCUCCAUUGCGGCGUCGUCUCGAAAUGUCCCAAGCCGCUGUCCUCGACAAAAUCUCCACGUUGCUGCAGCAGAAAGCCCUGGAACAGGGGCCCUCGAGCCCGGUUCAAGCCGAAAUUCAUGGGAGCCGUCGGGCCGCCUCGCCCAUCCCAGCCGUCGUCAAGAAGGCCAAGAAUGAGGAGGACCUACUGUCGGACUCGGAUUCCUUCGAUGACACGGUCCAAGGCGACUGUAUCAUUCCGCAUUUGACUUUUUCUGUCGGCACGGUUCUUCGUUCCGAUGAGGUUCGUCUUGAUGUUUUAAUUUUUGCUGGUUUUUGUUGAAUUUUGUGAAGAUUUGCAUGAGAUCUGUUUGAAAUUUCAGUUUUUAUCGAAGAAUUUUGUGAUGUUAAAGAGGCCAAAAAUAUUUUACAGUUUUAUUUUAGGUCUUGUAAUGCUUUUGAGCCGUCAGAAACUUGAAAAAUUAUUUUUUAAUGAAAUUUUUUGUGGCUAGCUUGAAUAGUGUACUUCAGGAAUAGAAACUAUGGAUUUUUGGAUUUUUUGCUUCGUUUUGAUAAGGUAUUUUAGAAAGUGAGAUAACAUCAAAAUGUUGUUUUUUUAAUUAUUUAAAAGUGUCAGGAAAAAUUCAAAACCUUGAACAGAAAAUUCCAUUUUCAGUGUUAUUUUUGAGGUCAUGUAGGUCUUACCACAUCCUUUUAACUUAAAAAUCUAAAAAUUUAAAAAAUCGAAAUUUUUACCUAGUUUUUUUCCCAGCUUUUCUUGAUACCCAUGGCGUCAAGAACGAGGUGAGAAAAGGUCAAAAAAAAAUUUGGGCGCGAAAAUUCAAAUCUCAAGUACGCAGCCAAAGGCAAUCGAACAAACAAGUUAUUAACGUAGAUUGACGUCAUUUUAUCCGGAGCGCGCACUUACUUUUUUUUUGUGAAUUCAGAAAUUUUGACGCCUCACCCCAUUAGGAAUACCGUGUUCAGAAUAUUUUUCGCGAAAUUCAAAUUUUUUCUUUGACUCUCCAAAAUUUAAUUAUCUUUUUCAGUCUCUGACGGCUAUCAUUAUAAAAAAUUAAAAAUCUGAUUGUGUCUCCCACUGUAUCAACAACACCAUUAUCAAGCAAAUUAUAACAUUUUUGCUCGAUUUUCAAGAAACAAUCAUAUUAUUCUGAACGAUCUGCAGGUGUUCUGCACGGUUCCAGGCCGUCUGUCGUUCCUGAGCUCGACGACCAAGUACAAGGUGACGCUGGGCGAGAUCCAACGUCGUCUCGGGCCGCCGGAGAACCUGAACGCGUCGAUGCUCGGCGGGAUCCUGCGACGAGCCAAGGCGAAGAACGGCGGCAGGGAGCUGCGCGAGACGCUGGAACGGCUCGGGCUGAGUCUUCCGGCGGGCCGUCGCAAGUCGGCCACUGUCACACUGCUCACGUCGAUGGUCGAGGGCGAGGCCGAGCAUCUGGCCCGCGACUUCGCCUCCAUCUGCACUAACGAAUUCCCGAUCAGGGCCGUCGCCGUUCACGCUGCUGGACAGUACAAGGUUAGUACUGUGAGAAACCAAAAACACGGUGGGCGGUGACGUCAUGGAAGAGAUUCCGGCUUACUGGGAAAACUUGUAGGGGCCACUAUAGAGGCUCGCCAAGGACUACUUGGAGAAGACACUAAAGUGGCCACUAAACCCACCUCUUUAGUAGCCACUAUUUUCCGUUUUAGUGGCCACUUCAGUAGUUUUUCAUCCAGUAUUCCUCCCAGUAACUCUGAUAAUUUUGAAACAAACAGAUUGGACCAGUUAUGUUGAUCCAAUGACCCCUAAAGUGGCCACUAAAACUUUUAGUGGUCUAAUAGUAGCACUUAGACCUCUACAGUUGCCACUAACUUUUAACCCCUCGAGUGGCCACUAAUUUGAUUACUACAGUGGCCACUAAAACGUCAGAACUCUAUGGUGGCCACUUAAAAUUUUCCCAGUAAGGGCGUAACUACUUAUUAAAGGCGCAGACCGCCGUGUUGCCAAAGGUCUUUGAGGCGAAUUGAAAUGUUUCGCAAAUUUUCUGCGCGAAACCGACGCAGUGCAUGCACAAGACACACGACACUUUACGGAGAGGGUAGCCGAAAAAACGCUAAAGCAGAAGAAUAAAAAUUAUUCUUAGUGAUUAAAGUAUUCUCGGUAGUUCCGAGAAAUUUCGCUACUCUGGAAAAUUUGUCCUGUCUCUGGUGAAGCUCAGAAGUUGAGAAUGACGUCUUCUGAGAAAAAAUAAAACUUAUGUACUGCUUGAAAAAAAAUAGAGGACAUUUGAUUUAUGAAAAAACCACCACCAGGGUAGGAUAAUUUUGCAACUGAGCAACUAAAAUCAAUUUUGAAACGCCGUUCGAUGAACUGAAAAUCGCGCCAGCUGUAACUUACUACAACAAUUAGCUACCCAGUUGAUUUUUUCGUGUUAAAAUACUGGAUCUGCAGGAAACAACUGUAGAAAGUUUGACAGAGAUUGGACAACUCCUGCAAAAGUUAUGACGAAAAAAGUAAAAUUGUAUAUCUCAUUGCACGGUACUGUAUUGGAGGCCGUUCUUGUGCAGGAAACAAUAAACAAAUAAGAGGUUUUGAAAACGGCUGUAUGCUUGGAGAUUUUCAUGGGACCUUUUAAAUUCACAUAAUAAAGGCUUUUCGGACACCGUUCCUUUGAGUGAUCAAAUGAAACUGUUUCUUUCUUUUAAUGAAAUGAGCAGAAACGUAUUCUUUCCUUCAAAUUGAAGUUGUUCACAGGGAGGUCAUUUCACUUUGCGGUUGGGAAUUUCCUGAAAAUUGGCCAGAACACUCCUUGAAGUACCAGAUGAAGAUUCUGAAAGUUAAACCUGCACAACUUCCUAGUUUUUGAGAAAUAAGGGAUUGAAGCCUCAAAAUAGCUUUUUUUUAAUGGAUUCUUUUCUCAAAAACGAGGAAGUUUUGCAGGUUGAGACUUUCAGAAUAUUCUUCUGGUACAUCAAGGAGUGUUCUGGCCAAUUUUUAGGAAAAUCCCAACCGACAAGUAAAAUGACCUCCCUGGUCAGAUAAGAACUGUACUGAAAAAAGUUGGAAACAUUUUUCCGGACUUUUUCGACUUUUGAAAAGUAAAUAUAAAAAACAGCACUGUUUUAGCCGUGGAGCGCACUUAAGACUGAAUAUAUGGCUUGAAGAAUUUUUGAACUUUUUUCUCUUUUUCUCCUCGUCAAUCUUUCUCUGACUGACUAGGGAACCUUUUUAACCCCCCUUUGUUGAAAUUUUGCUAAAAACUUUGCUGAAAUGUACUUAAGGACCCCCUGAUUCCAGAACAAAAAGAAAAUUUCUCGCAAUAGAUCUCGUUUUCGAGUUAGGACACUUCAAAAGCCCGAAAUAGCGCUUUUUUGGCCUAAUUUGUGUUUUUUGCACACUUUGAAGCGCUAUAACUCGGAAACAAGAAAACGUUCCCUGGUGAAAGAAAAAAGUAUCCUUUUCAGUCAGCUGAGAAGCGUCAAAAGCGAAAGGAAGAGCUGAGAACGGCCCUGGGCGUUCUUGAAGAUCUGAUCAACAUUCUGACGCCGCCGAUCGUCGACUCGCCACUCAAGGAGCCACUCGACAUGUUCAACCUGAUUACUCACAACUUCGGCACCACCGUUCUCCAAGCGGCCUAUUCCACGGCCAAGAAGCUCAUCGAGGCUCAGAUCGUGACUCUGGCCGAGCCGGUUGCUGAACCGAAGAUGCCGAAACCGACGGCCGCGAUGUUCAACAACAUCCAGGGAGCCGACCUGGCCGCCCUCGCCGCCAUGCUCUUCGCCAACAACCAGGCGGCUGCCAACGGCGUCAACAAGUUCAAUUAA